CAGAGGACCAGGCGGACGCACCGAUGGCUCGUGUCCCUCUUGACUCCCUCGUGAGGCUGUUGUGUGUCUCUCGGUCUGUUUCGCACCUCCCGGCCCUUCGCCAUCCUCCGGGCCGAGGGCGGAGGUCCUGAGCGCUGAAGCCGCGGAUCCGUGCCCGCCCGACGGACUGGUCCAGGCGGUGCGACGCGCUGAGAGAAUACAACCUCCAUCCCUGCAGGACUGCGAGUCCACUGGAGCUGAUCCAUCUUCCCCACUAUGAGUCUGAGCUGCUGAGGAUUUCUCUUCUUUAAUUCUCCAUCCGUCUUAAAGCCCCACCUGAUUCCUCGAUGGGUUCCCGCAGCCAAGGCUUCUUCCACCACCACCACCACCACCACCGCGGCUCCUUGGUGCCCACCGCGGUGCCGAGGCUGCUGGCUGAGAACAGCAGCCUGCUGGGGGGCAUCGCGCAAAUCACCCCCAACCUCUUCCUCAGCAGAGGGAAUGUGGCAUCCAACCGCAGCCUGCUGCUCUCCAAGGGCAUCACCUGUGUGGUCAACGCCACCAUCGAGCUCCCGAACUUCAACUGGCCUCACAUGGAGUAUGUAAAGGUCCCGCUGGCGGACAUGCCCCACUCCCCCCUCUCCCUGUAUUUCGACAGUGUGGCCGAUAAGAUCCACAGCGUGGGACGCAAGCGAGGCGCCGUGCUGGUGCACUGUGCAGCGGGGGUGAGCCGCUCGGCCUCCCUGUGCCUGGCGUACCUCAUGAAGUAUCACCGUGUGUCUCUGGCAGAGGCCCACGCCUGGGUCAAAGCCCGCCGCCCCGUCAUCAGGCCCAAUGGCGGCUUCUGGCGCCAGCUCAUCGAGUACGAGAGGAAGCUGUUUGGUAGGAACUCUGUGAAGAUGGUGCAGACGCCCUACGGGGUCAUACCCGACGUGUACGAGAGGGACCGCAGGAGCCUGGCUCCGUACUGGGGCCUGUGAGAGGAGCUGCGACCCCAGAGAGAGAGAGCCCGCAGGGACUGAAGGUUCACACCUGUUCUGGUCAGGUGAAGUGAGACACGUGUGAAUGUAGAUCUGUGUGAAGCUUAUUUAACGAAUUAUUGGACAGAGGGAGUAUAACCGAACGCUGGUUGUUGAUGGUGCUGCUGUUCAUCCAAUCAGUCGCCUCCAUUUAGUCUUUGGGUGGGUGCAAGGCCACUUCAAGCCCGGCGUCCUCUGGAUCAAAGGAUCGGUUUUGGACCGCGGUUCUCAUCAGACACCAAAACAAGACGAAGCACCGGUGUGUGUUUCCAGAUCCUGGGGCGGACGUACGCUGUGCUCCAGACUCUGCAGCCCGGACACUGAUCUGAGCUCCUUUUCCUGACGUGGUGUCGUGUGGUGGUUCUGUGCCAGUUUGAUCUUUGGUGUAAGAGCAGCAGCAGCAGCGUGCUCUGAAUUUACUGUAGCAUUAAGAUAAGUGUACAGAAAAAACAAGUACGUAGACAAUGUCUUUAAUUGGAAUGUUCUGAUAGUGAGGUAGAGCGGUUACCGUGCACUUUAACCUAAGAUUUAAAGAUGCUAUUAUAUCGACCUUUUCUAAGGUUAAAAUGUUAAAAGAUGUUUAAAGUCGAGGCUUAGGGAAAGCUCCUGUGUAGCACAGGGUCGACAGCUCCUUCCUGUGAACACACUAUGUUAUUGUAGUGCUAUUUGAUGCUGUAAUUCAAAAUAAAUCUGCUGCCUCAAGGGAUCUGGCAGCUCUAUGAUAGAUAGAUGCUGGGGACAAUAUGGUCUAUCCCACUAUUUUUGCCUUGUGUCAAUAGGUUCCAGAAAGAUCUUUAGUGGUUCAGCGCUUUCCUGAAGUGACAUGUCAGAGAGUCUGAAAAUCUUACUUUGUCGUGUGGUGGCUGAAAUGUUCACUUUGCUGCACAACAUAUAGUUGUAGGGGUGAGACAAAAUGUCGGUGCCGCAGUAAAUCAAAAUACAAAACAACAUCUACAAAUACAAAUACAAAUACAAACAUAAAUAUGUAUAUUUAAUUCUUAAAGGUAGCCCCUGGAGUCUUCUUGUAAUUAAACAAAAGUUGUGUGUUUACUGACCGUGUGAAUCCCUGUGGUCUACUAAUCGUUUUCUUCAAGACUGCUCCAUAGUGCAACUCAAGGUAAAAAGCACAGGGUACUUUCAUCAUAAGAUUUGUUCUAACGUGUCCAUUAACGUUUCUGAAGUCAUUGUGUCAUCAGCAGAUUUAUCAGAUGGCUUCUGUCACAGAAUCACUCACACUGUGAUUCCACCGUUAUCAUGGGCAGUGAUUGCAUCGUGUUGUCUUUGUGUUGCCAUUUACCUUCUUGAUCUGUGUCGCCAAUACACUAUCCUACACUAGACUACACUACACUACACACACAACACUAUGCACAUUACACAACUACAAUGCAAUGUACUACACAUGUGACAGCGGUGAUGUUGUGUUCAAGUACAGCAGAGUUGACAUUUUCAACACAGAGAUUGAUGAACCAAUGCUUUUCUGCCAUAAUAGACUAAGUGUGAUAUAACAAAUUAAAUAUAGAAGAAUAAAAGUUCAGGGGUAAUUUGUUUUAGAAGGAGAAACCAUUUAUUUCCCUGUAAUCUGUAAUCUGACAUUUCAAAUUUGUUUCAUGCCCCGAGACGAUGAUAUUAAAAUGAAAAAAUAAAAAAGA